CAAACGUGCGCCGACUGCAUCAACCUCACCACAGGUCGCGCAUGUAACCCACACGAUACCGGGACUGCUGCUCAAGAUGGCGCCAAGCGACAAGGCUGGACGUGUCGUAUUUAUUGGCAACAUUCCCUACGGCGGCACCGAGGAGCUCAUCAUCGAAACGCUUGGACGCGUAGGGCAGGUGCUGAACUUUCGAUUGGUGUACGACAAGGAGACCGGGCGGCCAAAGGGGUUCGGGUUCGCAGAGUUUGCCGACGCGGAUGCCGCAGCGUCGGCGGUGCGCAACCUGAACGACUACGAGAUCAUGGGCAGAAAGCUGAGGGUCGACUGGUCCAACGACAACGGGUCUGGCGACAACGCGCCCGCGGCGGCCACCAACGGACAGGCGACUGAGAUUGCGCAGCCGCAGCCCUCGAGCACACUCGGCCCUCUGCCGCCGGGCGUCGACCUGCCACCCAACCUCACAUGCCCCGACGCCAUCUCGCGCACGCUCUCGACACUGCCCGCGCCGCAGCUCCUCGACAUCCUGUCGCAGAUGAAAGGCCUCGUCAUGACGGACGCAGCCAAGGCGACCGAGCUGCUCCGCCAGGCGCCGCAGCUGGCGUACGCGAUUUUCCAGUCACUCCUCCUGCUCAACCUGGUCGACCCGUCGAUGCUGGGCGCGCUGGUUGAGACGGCGCCCGCAGCCGCAGCCGCAGCCGCACCGCCGCCCGCAACCUACAGCAUGCCGCCCGGGUACCCGCCACAGGCUGCGCCGACUCGGCCGCAGCCGCAGCCGCAGCCGCAGGCGUAUGCGCAGGCGCCGCCGGUGGACAAUGCGGCGCUGUAUGCGCAGGUCAUGGCGCUGGAGCCGCACCAGAUUGCGCAGCUGCCGCCGGACCAGCGCGACCAGCUGAUGCAGCUCCGCCAGAUUUUGAUGGCGCAGCAACGGGCGUAGCGUCAGUGUGCAUGGCAACGGCUGUGGUGUGCAUGGCAACGGCUGUGGUGUGCAUGGUAACGGCCGUGGUGUGCAUGGUAACGGCUGUGGUGUGCAUGGUAACGGCUGUAGUGUGCAUGGUAACGGCUGUAGUGUGCAUGCAUGGUAACGACUGGUAUGCAUGGAAACGGCUGUAGUAUGCACGAUAACGACUGUAGUGUGCACGGUAACGACUGUAGUAUGGUAACGGCCGUAGUGUGCAUGCAUGGCAACGGCCGUAGUGUGCAUGCACGGUAGCAGCCAUAGUGUGCAUGGUAGUUUUAGGCAGCUUCGACGACAGAGUGCUUCUCGAAGAUGGACAUGGACUCGAAAAAGCACCGAGGUCACAUGACGGCAUAAUGAAUACAACGACAGCCAUUCUCUCAUCUGCCCG